AUGGCAGUUUCGAUUGCUUUGAAUGUCUUGGAUAGCCUGUGCCAAGUGAUUGUGAAAGAAGCAGAUUUGUUUCUUGUAGUGGAAGAUCAGGUCAAGAUCCUUGGAGACCAGCUCAAACUUAUGGGUUCUUUCCUCAGAGAUGCAGAGAGAGCAGAUGAUCAAGAACAUGUUGCAAUAGAGGAAUUGGUUAUCCAAAUUAGGGAUUUAACCUAUGAAGCUGAGGACAUCAUUGAGAAAUACUUGGUGGUUGCAAGACAAAGUGCAUUUGGCUUUGAUCGUUUGAAUUCCAAAUUCAAUAGAUUAUUCACUAAGAAUGAUUUUGGAAGAAAGUUUGAAGCCAUCAGAAAACAAAUUGAGGAAAUUUAUGCUAACAAGAAGUCUGGUGGAACUGAAGAAACAACAGAAGUUGCUUUCCAUGAAUCUUAUCUUGAUGGGUCACCAUUGCCCAUGUACAGGAAAGGUUCCUAUGUUGCAGACAAUGCUGAUGUGGUCGGAUUCCACAAUGACAUUGAAAUGCUGGUUCCACGAUUGAUUGAAGGAGGAACACGGCGUGCUGUCGUACCAAUUGUCGGAGUUGGUGGCUUAGGUAAGACUACUUUGGCCAAGAAAGUCUUUAACCUUGUAAAGAGUAAGUUCAGAUGCCAUGCUUGGGUUUCUACCUCUCAAGAUUGCACAUCCAUGAAUGUUUUGCAGAAGAUUGUAAAAUCUUUUACAGGGAUCAUUGAAGUGAAGGAAAUAGAAAAGAUGCUUUCAGACUUCCUCAAGUACAAGAAGUACUUAAUAGUCUUGGAUGAUAUAUGGAGAACUGAUGUCUUGGAGGAUUUGGCUCCACACUUUCCUGAUGAUAACAAUGGAAGUAGAAUAAUGUUCACCACCUGUUUGAAUAAUAUCGCUUUGGAAGCCAAUCCGAACCUCAUAGACCCUCCAUACUAUCUGUCAGUUCUCAACAAUGAGGAUAGUUGGGAGCUAUUCCACAAGAAGGCAUUUGCGGGCGAAAGCUGCUCCCCGGAAUGGGAAGAACUUGGGAGAAAAUUUUCUGAACAAUGUGGUGGUUUGCCCCUAGCAAUCAACAUAUUAAGCGGUCUAUUAUCCGAGAAACAGAGAACAUUUUCUGAGUGGCAAGUGGUGCUUGAUCGUGUAAGUACUACACUCAAACUCCAAAAUCGAUGCUUAGGCAUGUUAGCUUUAAGCUAUAAUGAUUUACCUUCUUACUUGAAGCCAUGUUUCCUAUACAUCGGUGUCUUCCCACAAGACUUUGAGAUCAAUUCGAAACAAUUGAUUCGGUUAUGGAUUGCAGAAGGGCUGAUAAAAGCAGAAGGUGAGCAAACAAUGGAGGCUACGGCAGAGAACUACUUGUGUAUGAUGGUUGAUAGGAGCCUUGUUCAAGUGGUCAGAACAAGAGCUGACGGCGGGGUGAAAACAAUCAAGUUUCAUCAACUUCUUCGAGACUAUUGCAUCUCUGUUGGCCACAAAGAAAAACUUUUCGACACCUUCAAGGAUAUAGAUUCAGAAUCACUGUCCCUAUCUACAAAAAUUCGCCGAGUUGUUACCAAUUCAGGAAUUUUCAGGUACAUGGAUGAUGAAUCUAUUCAAUUCCCACUUAAGAGGGUCAGAUCUCUUCUGAGUUUCACCAUAGAUUCUCACAGGCAUUCCAUAGAUCGUAACAAUUUUCUUUAUAUAAAGAAUUUUAAAUUACUCAGAAUAUUGAACCUUGAAGGUGCAAGUGUUGAUUAUCUCCCAGAUGACAUUGAUAAACUGAUUCAUUUAAGGUAUUUGAGAUUAGGUACAAGUGCCCUUAAAAGUCUACCUCUCUGCAUAUUCAAACUCUCAAGCCUAGAAACUUUGGACAUAGCAUCUUCUUUCAUCCGCAACAUACCAGUUGGAUUUUGGAUGUUGAGAGAAUUAAGACAUGCAAAUUUUGUUGGUGAUACAGAGUUGCUUUUGCCGCGACAAGAGACAUCUUACUCUUCUUUAGUGAAUCUUCAAACUCUCAGCACUGUAUCUCCCAAAAUUCUUCAAUGUUUGGAUUUUAUUGACAUGCCAAAUCUUACAAAACUAGGAUUAUGUGGAGAUUUAUGGGCUCAUCGGCGUUAUAUUGUUCGCUUGUUCAAUUUGGAACGCCUUGAGAAAUUGAAGCUGGUUAGGCUUACUGAUUACAGAUUUGGAUUGUAUUCUAUACCAAAGGUAUUACCACAAAGCCUCACAAAACUCACUCUCUGUGACACUGAACUAGUAAAAGAUCCAAUGCCAAUACUGGGAAAGCUUCAAAACCUUCAAAUCCUCAAGUUGUUAAGGCAAUCUUGUACAACAGAGGAGAUUGUUUGUGGAGCCAAUGGGUUUCCAAGACUUCAGGUCUUGCAACUUGUAAGUUUGUCCAUAGAGGAGUGGAAAGUGGAUGCAACAUCACUGAAGAGCCUUGAACAUUUGGUUAUCCAUUAUUGUCCUAGAUUGAGGGAGUUUCCAAAAGCAUUAUGGGGGGUGAAGAGUCUCUUAGUACUGGAUCUACUGAAGCCUGGGCAGCAAUUCAAAGAACAAGUUGAGAGUUAUGAGGGAAGACAUCAGUACAAGAUCUCCACCGGUUAGUACAAGAUCUUCAUCGGCAGUUGACCAUAAAGGAGUACUUUUCAUUUCAGUUCAAUUAAGGGGCAAAGGAAGAGUU